AUGGUCAUCUGGAAAUUCUCUGGCUUCGAUCACGAGGCGAGGAAAUUCAAGACCAUUCUGGUGGCGUUCUUGCUGGUGAUGCUUUUCCAGUUCCUGAUUUUUGAUCCGUUGAAGUUUCUGGUCUUAGCCAUUGAUGCUGCCUGCUGGCCCAAGUUGCAACGCCCGUUGGUGCCGGACCCAAAGGCAAAGCGGCAUACCCGAAUGGACUAUCUGAAUCUGCGGCUACGCAGCCUGCGCAGUCAGCUAAUGAUCACGUCAGGACAUCGCAACGAGGAGCUGAACCUCAAGUACAGGACUAUUGUCCGUGAACUGUGGGUGUAUGGGAAGUUGUUCCUAAUACACUUAUUUCUGAAUCUGGCGAUGGUCAAUCGGCUGCUGUACUUCAAUGGGGAGUCCAUCACGAACCUCUUGAACUACAAACACGCCGAUUCGAUUGGGCUGAGUCACGUGCUGUUUCUGCAUCAAGUUUAUCCCUUCAUCGAGCACACGCUGCUCAAUGGCUUCCUGUUGAAUGAUCAUCAUCGCAAGUCCGCUCACUGGGUCCUUGUGAACAACACAAAGCUGUUGGGCGUUAUACAGAUGCGGCUGCUGCGAAACACUGGAGAGCACUACGGCUUAAAUGAACCGAUAUACACGGACAAGGAGUACUCCGAAGGCUGGAGCCUGCCCUAUGUACGUGAACCCUACACCAACAAGUACUGGUCCAUUUAUCUGCCCUGGCUGCCCAUGUCCAAGAGCUACAGUUUCUGGGAGAGAUUCUUUCUAAACAUCAGACAGCACGGCUACUUUGCCUCCUAUCCCGAGAUGAAGGGCUACGCUGUCACUCUGCAGAGCAGGAGGGAUGACAGCAUGAAGGUGCUCACAUAUCUGUACGAAAAGAAUUGGCUCGAUGACAGGACGGCAGCCUUCUUCCUGGACUUUACGCUCUACAAUGUCGAUGCCAAUAUUUUCAGUGUGGUCACACUGCGGUUCGAGAAUCUGCCCUACGGCAUCAUACACAGCAGCAUGUACGUGAAUAGUGUGUCCCUGACGGACACGGUGGAGACUCUGCCCUGGUAUAGAAUGAUUUGUUUGUUCGCCUACGCGAUCAUCUGGCUGGAGCUGGGCAUGACAGUGAUUGUGCCCCUGUGGUUCGAGCCCAAGCGACUGAAGAAGUUCUGGGUCAAGGUGGACAUACUGAUCCUGAUACUCAGCAUGAUAGUUGCGACUUUGAUGGCCUUGAGGAUAGGCGUUGUGUCCAAGCUGUUGGAUGUCCUGGAAAUGGCCAGCACGCAUGAUUUCAUUGACUUCCGCAUACCGGCACGCCUGACCGAGCUCAUCUUCAUUCUGCUGGGUUUCCUCGUCUGCCUCGUUACGUUGCGGUUUUGGAAGGUAAUGCAGUUCGCCAGCAUCUUUCAGAUCUUUACGAAGACCCUAUCGAUGGCCUGGAAGGCGCUAUUCAGCACGGCCUGUGUGAUCUGCAUCUUUAUGUUUGCCUUUGGCAUUGCCAUCGUCUCCAUCAAUGGCAACAACAACGAGAACUUCAGGACUCUGCUGCACGGCAUGGCCACCGUCAUAUGCUUCGCCUUUGGCUUCACCAGCCACGUCGCGCCCAGCGAUCUUUUCAACGGCGGCACUUGGCUGGGCAUUCUGAUCUACGGCUUAAUGGCCUUCACCAUUGCCAUUUUGCUGACAAACGUGUUCGUGUCGAUACUCAACAACUACUUCAAGGCAGCCAAGGAAGUCCGCGAUCGCAAUCGCAAGGAUCAGAUCACAUUCUGGGAGUUCCUUAGCGUCGAGUAUGCGGACACUAUCAAAACUGUGCGGGAAGCAUUCCGGUGUGAGCGCAAGUACAGGCGCAAGAACCGCACCGUGGCAGAGAACAUUAAGCGCAAGAUGGACCUGCAGGCUGCUGCUGUUAUCUCAGCUCGUGUCAAACGGGGCAGAGGCUAUAGGUCGGCCAGGGAGCGAAAGGGCGCCGAGACGGAGGAUGAGGCGGAGGAAUAUGAGCGCAAGGCGCAGGCACAGCACAUUGAUCGCAUAUCGAGGACCUACACGAUAGCAGCCAUUCUCCAGACCCAGAUGGAAAUAGCUGAGCGAAGAAUGUUCGGCGAUAAGGAUGGAAAUCUCCACAGCGAUGAAGAGAGCGAUGAUGGCGCUAUGGAGCAAGAUCUUCCACGGCAAUAUGUAUAA